AUGGACUCAUCUCAAAACAACCAAAAACCAAAUAUAGAUAGUAAUAAUAAUAAUAAUAAUAAUAUUAAUAUUAAUAAUAAUAAUAAUAAUAAUAAUAUUAGUAGUAUUAGAAAUGAAAGAAUAUCAAGUCCACAUGUACCCCCACCAAAUUUUUUCACCAAUCAUCCAGUUGACACCUUUGACGACGAAGAAGACGAUGAGGAUGAUCUUCGACAAAGUCUAAAUAGUAGUAUACAAAUGGGAAACUUUAGAAAUAGUGAUAAUAAAUACCUAUCAGAUAGUCCAAUUUUACUCAGUAAAAGCCAGCAAUAUCAUAAUCAGUUUCUGCAGCAACAACCACCAUUACCAAAUCCAACCAACAGGAGCAACAAACCCAUCGAUUUAAACAAAGAAUCUACUUUCCUGCCUCAUCGUGGAAAUCAAUCAUCAACACCCACCCACUCAAGCAAGAGUCUACCUUCGCAACAUUUACCACAGCCACAAGAAUAUGUUUCCUUGGAUAUGGGAAGUGGGCAAAACCAGCAGCAAUCUACACCAACAAUCCUACAUCAACAACAACAAAAACAAAAACAUCAACAACAGCAACAUAGUAGGAAUCAAAGAUCGACAACCAAAAAUUAUAAUAGUAGAAUAAGAGAGAUUGAAGAUGAUGAAGAAGAGGAAAUGAAUAUUGAGUCUGGAGUAGAUAAAACUGGUCAACAGCUAGAACAACUAAACAAUCCACAAUUACAAUCUACAAAGAAGAAGAAUUUCUUCUCACCUCUGUCAACAAUGUUUGGUUUCAACAAGAAGAAGGAACGACCAAGGAUAAGUCCUGAUACAAUCAAUAAAAAUCAACGAACUCCAGCAUACUCCUCCACUCGCAAAUACUCCAUUCCACAGUCAUCCUCCACUAUUUUCGGUGGAUCAUCUUCUACACAACAGGCAGCGGCCUCUGCUAUUCCGAAUCACCGUCACUAUCUCAACAACUCACUGGCGUCACCGUUCAGUCCGUUCGAGAGGAUGUCACCUGUCCGAUCACCAGCACCGUCGCCAAUGGCACAUCACCAACUGAAACGACACAUGAUGAAGUCCAGCUCUGAAAGCUCCAUCCACAAAAGCUACAAGACACCAUCGCAUCAUCCCUCCGGUUACUACUUCAACGACAACCACACUUUCAUUUCGAAUCACUCGAUUGAAAUACUACAGAAAAUAUUUCAUUAUCCUUGGAUGUUGCUGAAAUUCAUUAUUACACCAAAAGCCGGUUUGAUCUAUCCGUCAAAGGUGAUCAAGCGUCGUUCGAAAGUAUUAUCGCUGCUUUGUCUCUUGAUGAUUGUUACAUACGAUUCUAUUGGUGAAAUGCUUAGAGGUAUUUUGGUGACACUUGUACUUUUGUUAUUUUAUUCUAUUCUAUCAUCUAUUGAUCUACGUGAAAUCGAAAGAAAGGAAGAGAGAAAUCAAAGUCUAUUCAAGAUUAGCAAUGAGGCUUUGGUUGUUCAUAAAGGUGGUUUUAUAACUGAUGCUAAUGCUGCUUUUGAAUCAAUGUUUCAAAUUAAACUACAAGAUAUGCUUUAUCCAGUUCCAAGUGGUAUUUGGGAAUUCUUACCUGAUCUUGAAAGUAUCUAUUCACAGGAUGGGUCGAUGGAUACUCCUCUUCCACCAGUAAUUGAAACAACGGCAAUAGAUUCCGGUGGUCGUGCAUUCGAUGUAGAAGUUCGUACUAACAAGGCUACCUAUGCCGGUAAACCAGUAGAUGUAUUCUCUAUUAUCGAUAUCACUGGUAGAAAGAAUCUCAUUGAAGCAGAUGUAGCUCUACGUAAAGCAGAGGCUGCCAAUGAAGCUAAAGUUGUUUUCCUUACAACAAUCAGUCAUGAAUUAAAAACACCAAUCAAUGGUAUUAUGGCAUCAUGUGAAAUCUUGGAGAGAUCGAAUUUGGAUGCUGGACAACGUGAAUUUCUCGAUGCAAUUAGAAUGUCGUCAAACUAUUUGUAUUCAUUGGUGUUGGAUAUUCUUGACUACAGUAAAAUGGAAGCCGGAAAGAUGGAAUUGGUUUUGGAUGAUUUCAGUUUGCUAAAGAUGUUGGAAGAUACGCUGAGUAUGGUUUCAAAGAAUGCUCAACCAAAGGGAUUGGAUUUGGUUGGUUUUGUCGAUAGCAAUGUUCCAGUGUUGGUGCAUGGUGAUGCCACUCGUGUCAGACAGAUCCUCUUGAAUCUCAUUUCCAAUGCCAUCAAAUUUACCGAUGAAGGACAAAUCAAGAUCCGAGUCAAGUUGGACAGAGAGAUUACAGAAACCAAGGAAUAUCAGUUGCUAUUCGAAGUUGAAGACUCUGGUAUUGGUAUCAAGAAUGAACACAUCGUAUUGCUGUUCACUCCAUUCUCACAAAUCGAUUCCAGUAACUCUAGAAAGUAUCAGGGUACCGGUCUUGGUCUAAGUAUUUCAAAGAGACUAGCCAAUAUGAUGGAUGGUGAAGUGUUUGUGAACAGUGACUUUGGUAUUGGAUCUACAUUCUCCUUUACUAUCAGACUUGGAUAUCCAGUAUCAAAACCUGGAUUUACAUUCCAAAAGAUGGGAGGUGCCAUUUUCAUGGGCGAUGAGUUGGAGGGAUUCGAUUCACUGCUUGUCGGUCCGCGCAAAGUAGGAAAGAGUGGUGGUCCGGUUGUGGGUGUAAUUGUUGAUCCUAAUCAAUGGGUACGAAAAUCGAUUGCUCAGUACUUCUCUCUCAUGAGUAUCUCUUGUAUGGAAUUCGAAGGUGAAGACGAUUGUCGUGAAUACUUUGAGAAUAAUCAAUCUGGAAACGCUGCAUGUCUCAUCAUCUCGAGUAUCGUCACACUGAACUCGCAGACCAUCAAGAGUGGAUCUCGUGAGCUACACUGGGUGAUGCUUACAUUCAGUCCAACUCCACAGCUACUGCCAGGCUUUGAAGAUCUCAUUCAGAAACCUUGUAAAUUCACUGACAUUGUGCGUUGUCUCUUUGUUGUCAAUCGCUCUACUCUUGACUUUUUCAAUGAGUCGCAAAUAAAGAAACACAACUUCCCUGUUCAAGCGCCAGCACCCAUCCCAGCACCCGUCUCUGAACCGGAACAAGCCGCGUCAGUUGACAGUCUAGAGGCAUCGCCAACCUUCAAUACACCAAUUGGAUUGACUCGCUCUGGAAGACGACCAUCAGUAUCUCAGCAGCAACCAAAAGACGGUAUGCAACAAUCACAUGAGAAUCAAUCGGAUAUCAACGUUCCUACAACUGCUGCCGCUGCAGUUGCAGCUGCUACAUUGAUUGGAACAUCGAUGGCAGUGCCAGCUGCAACCUCAACUGCGCCAACCACUGAAUACAUUCAUACACCAACAACCACUUCGCCCUACGACAAGGAUCACACCAAGAAGAUCAGUACUGAAAAUGUCAGAAAGUCAGAGGUCUUAACUGAACAUGAACAAGAAGAAGUUAUCAUCAAACCACCACCUCUUCCACCUGUUGUACCUGUUGUGCCUGCUCCAAUCGUUGGCAGUUCUGGUGGUCUUGGUGGAUCUAACAACAACAACAAUAACAAACAUGAUGAGCUGAUUCUCUUGGUGGAAGAUAAUGAUAUCAAUGUCAAAGUAUUCAGUCGAUUCCUCAAGAUUGGUAACUACAACUUCAAGUCAGCGUUGAAUGGUGUCGAAGCAGUUGAAAUGUGUCAGAAAUAUGAUUUCGAUUUAAUUUUAAUGGAUUGUCAAAUGCCCAGAAUGGAUGGAUUCCAAGCAACCAAAGCAAUCAGAGAAUUAGAAGGACUUGGUAAAAUUAAACCCCCACCGAUGAAAAGAUCUCCAAAGCUUAUCAUUAUUGCUUUGACCGCCAACAAUGAAGAUCGUCAAAAAUGUUUAAAUGUGGGAAUGGACGAUUUCCUUCCAAAGCCUGCUAGUUGUGCCCUGGUGUUAGAGGCAAUCAAGAGACAUCUCGAACCUGAAGAUGACGAUGAACCUCUUCUAAUUGAACAUUAUCCAACUACUACAACAACCACUACUUCCUCAUCCGCCAGUGGUGUAGAUGACACUAAACCACCGUCAUCAUCAACAUCAGAUCUAAAUAAAUGA